AAGUCCAGGAGCAGCGGUCUUCCUUCGUUCUUUCUCUCCCCCGAAAAAUAAACUCCCACCGUCGCUCCCUUCCACCAUCCCGGAGCUACCUUCAGCUUCAUGCAUCUGCUCAAAAUCCAAUUUACGAGGCUAAAAGUUUUCCUAAUUCCGCCCCCUUUACCGCUUCAUAAAUUCUUACAGACACCCUCACCACCUGAACCGCAACUAUGACAUCCCAAUUUAUUGGUCUUCAGGUCCUCUUGAGCCUCAAUGACCCUGCUCGUACCCGAGUCCGUGGACUUGUUGCUGACGUCAACGGUCCUGAACUGACACUUCGCGAUGGUCCGAGAUUUAUCCUGCUUAAGCGCUGAAUCGGAAUUACUGCUAACAAGAUACCCAUUCUAGUGCUUUUUGUGGAUACUGGCUACAAGACACCAAGCUAUAAAAUUAACGGUCUGGAUAUCGAAGACAUUGAUAUCAUCCCCCCUGAGACUAAUGACUCUAACCCUCCUCCCCUCCCUACUGUCCAACCUCCACCGCCCCCGACACAGGUUCAAGCGUACCCUCAACCCCUCUCUCAACUACCAAGCAACCAAUUCUCUCGACCGGUAACAGCCGUGCAUCUUCCACAGAUACCAGCUACCUCGGGUCGGUUUAUUGAUCCGGCCAUUAUAUCAAUAUCACGGAAGCCAGAGGCCAACACUGCACCAACCACUCAAGCCCCUGUGCCAAAUGUUAAACACAAGCCGAAAAAGCCGAGCUACUUUACCCCACCAAGGAUGGCGACUGCUGGCUCGUCCGUUACCUCAACUGCUGCCGCUAUAAGACCCCUGAACCCACCAGCAUUUAAGCACGACAGCUCGUCGCAAGGGGUCUCGUUAGUUCCUAUCAAUAUUCCUACAGCCCCAACAAGCUCGGGGCCUCAUUCUCUCUCCGCCAGCGCUGCCCCGGACCCCUCAGGACCCACUGGACUUGGUCAUUCCCUCCCAGCACGGGGACCUGUUUCGGCGUCUGUGCUCCAAGUGCCAUUUGGUGACCUCUCCCUCCGGGGGGACGUUGCUCCUGAGUCAAGCGCUUUUGAUGAAACCGACGAUACUGCUAGCAAUGCGGCGAUGCUACCCACUCCUUAUGCCCGGCCGCCCUUUUCUGGAAGGCGCUCUCGGCGUGGGAAAGUUCAAACGAGGAACAAUGAACAACGCCCACUCCUCGCGCCAAUUACCCAAGAGGAAUUCACCCAGAAGAAUACUGUACCCCGUGGGGUUUUGGGGGAUCCAAUAACCCAAACAACCAAUUCUGGUGUUGGUUUGCUUCAACCAGGUGCUAUGAACUCUGAUAAGAGAAGACGGCAAAGGCGGAGAGAGCGGCGAAACGACGGCAACCCAAAUGCAGAAGAGGAAGGCUGGGCCACGGAAGAUGUCAAUGACUACAAAGCUAGGGAAUUUGAUAUUCAGGGGAACUUGGACCUAUUCGAUAAAGAGGGUCUAUUCAACCAGAUGAAGGUAAUUUGUCAAAUCUUAUAAUCGGAUCACAUUUUUUCCACCAUGAACCUUGGCCUUUAUUUUAACACUUUAGCUAGGCUGAGGACACAACAGCGGACGAAGCACGCCUAGUAUCCUUCAACAGGCUUCCACAACGCGGUUCCAAUAGCAAAGCAUCAGGUGUCCCUCGAAAGAAUUACCAUCACCACGAGAAUGUCCUCGGAACCUACGCAAAAGGGCUGCCGUUGAACGAUCGAGAUGGUUGGCCGAACGAGUUUAUCACGGAAGAAUCAUCUGGGGACUCUGAGGAUGGGCCAGGCCGAGGUCGUGGAGAUGGUACGGCUGCUGAGAGUGGAAGAAGUAGUAGAAGGGGCAUGUCUCAUCGAUCACAGAGCGGGCGUCGCAGAGGCACAAAGCAAAUGAGCACAAGUAACCCAUCGAUGAGAUCCUUGGAAAAUCUCCACCAUCAUCAGUCAUCAAGCGGUGGAGGCCCUGGACAAGCUUCAGCUGGCAAGUCUGGGAAACCAACGUUACGGCUAGCGCCCAGUGGCAAACUCUGUCCCAUAGUCAGCCCACUGCAAAUGUUGGAUGUGGAGAGAAUCGCGGAGGUCGAGCUUUGCCUCACAGAUGACAUGAUGACGGAAAAUGCUAGUCGAGCUAUUGCGCAGGUAGCCAUUCAGGCCUUUGGAAAACGGAUAUCCGCAUCAAACCAUAAUGCCCUCCCGGUAGUCCUUGUCUUUGCCGGAAAUCAUAAAAGUGGAGCACGUGCCAUAGCUGCGGGAAGGCACUUGAAGAAUCAUCACGUCCGGGUGAUGGUUUGUGUUCUAGGUCUUGAACGUGAGGAUGAGCUACUAGAGCAUGUCAGGAGGCAGCUCAAUAUAUUCAGAAACGCUGGUGGUAGAGUAGCGCGGUGGGAAGAACUCGCGAACAAUUUGAAAACUCUCGAUUCGCCACCGGAGCUGAUAGUUGAUGGGUUGCUGGGCAUACACCUCAACUUUGAUGAUCUACGAACAGAUCAGCAGGCCACUGCGUUUGAACUGGUACAAUUUGCGAAUAAGAGCAAAGCAAGCGUAUUAGCAGUUGAUAUACCCAGUGGUGUGGAUGGGAGCACUGGUUUGUUAUUCACCUUACGCUUCUCUUACGUAUACUAAUAUCUUCUUUAGGCGAAGUCGCACAGCCUGAGGGUACAGGCUACCUACAUAUGAGAGCGAAAUGGGUGGUCUGUAUGGGCGCCCCAAAAUCAGGUCUGCUCAAUGCGCUUGUUUCCGGUAUAGGUGCUGGCUGGAGCCUUUAUGUUGCUGAUAUCGGUAUUUCCAAUACUGCCUGGAGGAAGUACGGAACUCGUCGGCGACACGGCGUCGAAUUCGCUGCCGAAUGGGUCGUCGAAUUGGAGUAUCACGGCGCGCUCUCCGCUUAGGUUAACGCUCGAUGUCUUCCCUUCCAAUCGCCAAGUGCCUGUCUUUAGACCUUGCUCGCUACUCCUUACUCGUCCAUUCGAUCCAUAUCUGGAGUUCCUUUUCAUGACUUUUCUGCUCCUUCUCCAGAUGGUGGGUUGGGAUGGGCUGGGGUUUCCAUAUCCCUAGUCCCUCGCUUUAAUUGCUACCGCACAUCACCACUUAUAACUAAACCCAAUACCGCUCUUUCUUCACCUUCUGUUUCUUCCCCAUCAAUCCACCAGGAAGUGGCGUAUUUUGAUUUCGGAGUAAUAGGGGCUUUAGAUAUCACUGUAUCUUUAUCAGGGUGGGAUUAGAACUAGAAGCGGAUGCAUUUUCUCUCCUUUCUUUUCGGGGCAAUAGCUUGUUAUCAAAUAGAGUACAAAAACCCAUACCCAUGUAUAUUAAAGGGGCAAACUGUGAAGCGCUGUCAGUACGCCGAACAUGAAAUUUUCAAUUCUUUUGCUACUAAAUACUAUCUCUACUUGUGGCUUUAUCGGUACUUUUCUUUCAAAAAAAAAUGCGCCCAUAUAGCAUACACUACCGAACCUCGCCAGAACUAAAAGCCUGGCUCCCAACGCACUACUAUUAUACCAAAGCAUACACGCAUAGUCCAGACGUAUCCAAUGCUUACCCCCGAACGCCGAUGUUGAUACGAUCCAUGUCACGUCCCCUCAUAAGCGCAAUCUUUCAGAUGGUACGGACCAGAGAGCAGUGCAGUGCAAGGUGCCCACAUGCACACACACCAGGUAUCCGAGGACAGCGAAUCAAGAUGCAUAAGGAAAUAAAGGUCAUUACUGAGUUAUUUAUACAGCAUGGAUCUCGGAAUACACACGAGGGCUUCGAGUCCCUUGAGGCAGGUGGGGCGGGGGGAGAAGAGAAGGCGCUGUCAAGCAGUCUCGAGAGAAUUCAUAUGAUAUCACUCGAGCUUACCCCAUGUGCA